GCGGAGCCCCGGGAGGGCCCGGGACCCACCGCUCCCAGCCCGCAGCUGGGGCCCGGCGAGGUCUGGCGCAAGGCCGUUUGGCCGUGGGGCAGCGGUAAUGGGAGAUCGCGCCGCCUGUGCUGGGGGAGCGCAGGGAGGCUUUGUCUCUGCAGUAUAGUUUCUGGCUCUGGUUUCAGAGCAGGCGGGACCGUAUGGUGUAGGCAGGUUGCCUGGUGUGGGGGGAUUACACACGUGUGUGGGUGUGGGGUAACUGUGGGGUUCGGAAUAGAUUCCAUCCCCGUAUGCUGGAGAAAUGAGGCUGAUGUCCCGAGCACAAAGGUAUCUCGGCAGAAGGAUGUUCCCGAUUCCUGUGAAAUCUCUCAGGGCUGUAUUCUCACCGUGCAAGGAGCUGCAGUCCUGAGACACUUCAUUACUGCAGAAUUUGCUUAUGGGAGAGAUAAUCAAAACUAAAGCUUUGAUCGUACGUGAAUGAAUGAUGGUCUGACUUUUGGACAAAGUCCUGAAAGCAAUUAUGGAAAGAAAUGCUGCCUAAGGCCUGGAUUUUCUUGGAUCCUUCUGUGUUUCUCAAAAUGAGGAAUUGGACAGGAACAGCUUGGUAAACGCUCUGCCUCAUUUUCAACUGAAUUCUCAUCUAUCAACACUGGCAAAUAUUCACAAGAUUUACCACACCCUCAAUAGGCUGAAUCUGACAGAGGACGUUGGUCAAGACGAUCACCAGACAGGAAGUCUCCGGUCUUGCAGUUCAUCAGACUGCUUUAGUAAAGUGAUGCCUCCAAGGAAAAAGAGGAGACCUGCAGCAGGAGAUGAUUUAUCUGCUAAGAAAAGUAGACAUGAUGGUAUGUAUAGAAAAUAUGAUUCGACUAGAAUAAAAGCAGAGGAAGAAGUCUUUUCAAGUAAGAGGUGCUUAGAGUGGUUCUAUGAAUAUGCAGGCACUGAUGACAUUGUAGGGCCAGAAGGUAUGGAGAAAUUUUGUGAAGACAUUGGAGUUGAACCAGAAAAUGUAGUUAUGCUUGUACUAGCAUGGAAGUUGGAUGCACAAAAUAUGGGCUACUUUACAUUACAAGAAUGGUUAAAAGGAAUGACGUCACUACAAUGUGAUACUACAGAAAAAUUGAGAAAUUCUCUGGAUUACUUGAGAUCUUUAUUAAAUGAGCCUACCAAUUUUAAACUUAUUUAUAGAUAUGCAUUUGACUUUGCACGGGAAAAGGACCAGCGCAGCCUAGAUAUCAAUACUGCCAAGUGUAUGUUGGGCCUUCUUUUAGGAAAAACAUGGUCCCUUUUUCCAGUAUUUCACCAGUUUCUAGAGCAAUCAAAAUACAAAGUUAUCAAUAAGGACCAAUGGUGUAAUGUUCUGGAAUUCAGCAGAACAAUUAACCUUGACCUCAGUAAUUAUGAUGAAGAUGGAGCCUGGCCAGUGUUGUUGGAUGAGUUUGUGGAAUGGUAUAAAGGAAAACAGAUGACAUAGGAGUUUAACUAUGCACAGCCACUCAAGAGUCACUGUUACCACAGUUAUGUCAACCAUUAGCCAUAAACUGCUAUUUGUAUCAAAGUGCAUGCUGCUUUUCUUGCACUGCAUCCCUUUUGCAGGGGACUUUUGAUGUUUGCUAUUUAACAAGCUAGCUAUGCUUGCUGUGUAGCAUUGUUCUCUUUGAAGGCUGCUUUGCAUUUUGUAUUUACACUACGAAUUGGUGAACUUGCCAGCGUCUUCACUGUGAUUAUGUGUAUAUUGCUGUUUAAAUUUUGUAUAUGUGUAUAAAAAAAAGAAGCUUCACCUAGGGAUUAUUUCUGCAGAACUGUAUUGUAAAAAUAAUUUUGUGGCAUAUUUCUAGUCAUCACUUACAUGUUUGUUGAAACUCUAGUUAUUUUGUUUUCCUUUUGGUCUCAAAUGUAGCAUUUCAGAAAAUGAAAUGAACAGACUGCUUGGACAUAGUUAUGUGAAGAACUAUUGUCAAUUUUAAUGUUACUAUUUGAGAUGCCAAUUUCUGAGGGGAGAAGACAUGCUGUAACUUUUUUCACAGGAAUUCGCCAAAUCUGACCUAUUGCUUAAUAGGAGCAAAACAUUCAUGUCUUAAGAAAAAACAGUAAACAUAUAAAUAUUAAAACACUGUAUUACCUGUACAUGCCACAGAUAAUUUCCAUUUGAAGAAAAAAGUACUGACUUUUUAAUGUUAAAACUGCAGUAGUAAUUACAGGUACAAAUGAACAAAUUAAAGUCCCUUUAAAAAAUGGGUUUUAGACUUCUGUAAAUUGCCUUUGGCAUACUCCUUUUCAUUUUGGUGAACCAAGGGUGCUUGGUCUAUGCUGCGAUCUAGUGAAAUUGAAACUUCUAGCUAAAAUUAGUGGUUUGGGGAAUAAAGUCUGCUCACUCCUAGCACACAGACAAUGUAGAUUUGGGGGGGGGUGCGGUGGGGUGUUUGUUUGUAACGUUAGUCUUUCCCAAGGUCUCUGUGUGUUUCUAAGUAAUUAAAAAUAUUAUGUUGGAAGGUCAAAAUAUUACUUUUUCGUUCAUGCUGGGGAUUGGAAUUUCCUUGCAGAAUGUCCAUUGCGGGCAAUGGGCACAUUAAACACCAGCAUUAAAUGACAGUACUUUUUAGUAGGGACCACUGCCUGUUUCACUCAUUUCUUUAUCUGUAUAGGACAGUUCUAGUGGUUAUUUCGGGGAAGAUGAGUGAAUGGAAUGAUGUUUAAGUUCCGUAAUUUUGUCACGUUGUCUUUGCCUUACCGUUCUUUAUUAAGUAACGUUAGUGUUGUUUUUUAUAAAUUAGGUCCUUGAAGUAUCCGGUGCUAUUAAACUUUGAUCCCUAAGAAUUUGUUAAAAUGUUCCAUAUUGAUUCAUGGAGCAGUUAACAAAAAAGGGCCAGUGGUUGUUUUGGAAUGAAGAAUAACAUCACUUUUCUGUAGAAAUAUUUUACAAGGUAUUGGCAGUUUUGAUAUUCCUCUAGAAUGCAAUCCAGGGGAAGCGGGACGGGGGAAGCGUUUUAGGUUGAAUGUGAAAUUUUCAGCUGUAUCAAAGGUCCUAUAUUCUGCCAUCACUGAAGUCAGGAACAACUAUUAUUAACUUGACUGCUUUCACAAUUAAGCCUAAUUUAGCAAAAGCACAGUAGUUUGCUGCCCUGGGCUGGGAAGCUGGAAUUGUGUUGCUACAAGUGCUCAAUUUGUGUUCAAGUUUGGUUUGUUGUUGGUGGUUUAUGUUUGUCAAACUCAGCUGCCAAAGACAAAAAUUGUGUGUGUUUGUGUAUAUUUGUAUAUACAUAAAUAUACAAUAUGUAUGCAUAUACAAAACCUAGGAAGAAAAUACUACCUUUUUCCCCAUGAAACAGUUAUGUUUGGAUUUCCAUGACACUAAACAGUGCUCUUUAAGGUUAAUAGUGGUAAAGCAUACAUAGUCAUUGCUUUUUCAUGUACUAAUACGCAUAACCUUAAUUCCAUGUUUGAUGCCAGUUUGCACAAGAAUUUAAUUCAGUGGAGUGUGGUAUUUAAUGUUUACAAUAAGCCUCUUACUAAAUCACACACAUUUUAUUAAUACUUCUGAUGUAAAUGUGUAUAUUACCAUAAUAUAACCAUAAGGAAGUAUCAGUGGAGCUGCUGGUUUAGUUCUUAAAAGAAUGAACUUCGAAGCAAUAUAGCUUUUAACAUUAGGCUAAAUUGUGGUGGCUAAGAUUUUAAGUGAAGUACUGUAAUUGUUCUUAAAUGUUAGGCUAGUUAUUGACUCUAGAAAACUGUUUAGCACAAAUUGGCAUGAAUACUGCAACAAAUACAAGGUUUGCAUAAAAGGUUUUGUAUGUCACAAAUAAUUUGGCUUCCAAUAAUGGAAGCAAGAGCCAAAGACACUUUUAAUCUAUUACUGUUGUAGGUAUAACUUUCAUAUAACAGGGUCAACAGAAAUCUGUGCAGCUCAACCAGGUGCUCUUUUUCCAAGUUUUGCUAACAUUUAGCAGAAUACAAAAUUUAAUUAAAAGCAAAGAAAACAGAGGAAAGGAAACCUCAGAAAGUAAUUGCGCUAAGUAAACAAACUCCUCACUUUUCCUUUGGGUAAAAAUAAUUGGGAGUGAUGGAAAGGAAGAUUGUGUUUGGAAAUUAAUCAGAUGCUGCAUAUUUUUCCUUCCAGUUGCAAGCAGGAUGGGUCUGUUAUCUUCAGCUGGUUUAUAAAUGUGCCUCUUCAUAAAAUAAACCACAAAUUCAAUUACAGCUAGGAGACAGCUUUACUGACAUUUAUAGAAAACCAGUGGACUGAAAUGGAGCAUAUGGCUUGAUAAGCUUCCCUGUGCUGUCCAUCCUCCUGUUUUUGCUAUGUAUGCUGAUAAGCAGAGGAUCCUAACAUUGCCAGCUCUUGUAUUUUGGUGAAAUUCCUUCUCAUUUUUAAACAAGUGUGUAAACUUAACUAAGCUACUCAAUUUACCUUGUAUUUAGUUCAAGUUUGGUGUUUGCUUUUUUGUUUGUUAUGCCAUCAUGUAGUUGAUGUAGGUAUUUUUUUCCUUUUGAAAAGUAAUAUGCAGAACAUGCUCACUUCUUGGACAAGACACUGAAAGUCAUUCUGGCGGAAGCGUCAUGAGUCUUAUACUAAUUUUUCUGGUAUAAUAUUUCCAUCCUUAUAGCAGAAAUUUGAUCUAUGUGCAAUUCAUGGUUAGUAUUUGAGAGACGUAAAGUGGAAAGCCAGUUAAUGAAAGGAAAACAGCAUCCAGAGGCGGUAGCAGUAGACAUUCUGAUAGAUGACAAACAUUUGGAGCUCUUUAUUAGAAUAGCUAGAGAGAAUAUUAGUAAGAGAAACAGUCCAUAAAUUCAGUUUCAUUCUACAGCAAAAUAAUACUAAGUAUUUAAAAUAUUAAUGGAAUCCUGUGUUACUGUUGUUUUUUUAGUUUUUGUCUUUUUCAAGGAAGGCAAGCUGGAGAGGAUGGAAUUGACUGGAAUCCUUUAUGCACUUGAGUUUUCAGUUAAAACCUCUUUAAGGUUGUCUUUAAGCUACGAUAAAUAUUUGGGUCACCUUUGUGUAGCCUUUUCUAGUGUUUGUUGAGGACUGGAGGCUUCUCCCAUUUUACCACAAAUAACACACAUUUUAUUUCAUUAUAAAUAUGCUCACACAAUCAAAAUUAGUUAUAGCUCAUUGCUACUUCGUUAUGUUCUGAAGUUGCUUUUCUGUAGGGCAAGAAAUGGACUUGAGUUGUGUUAACAUUUUCCCAGAUUUCUGUUGACCCUUGGUCACAAGUCUAACAGAUUGUUUAAUACUCUUGGAAUUCAUGUAGACAGCUUUAAAGGUUAGCUUGUGCCCUGGUUUUAAUUAUAACUGCUAAAAUACCUCUUUCUAGGCCUUAGAUUUUUGUCCUUUCAUAUUGCUGUAAAAGUGUAUAGAAUCCAUCCACCAACUGAAUAGUUUGUUGUCUGUAAUUGAGACCAAAACUUGGCUUGAUUUUUUUGUUGUUUUUUGGGUUUUUUUUAUUUUUUUUCCCCCUCUGUGUGUGUGUGUAUACAUGUCACAAAAUAGUACCGACUGACACUGCUGUUGCAGGAACAGCAGUUAACCUGUAAAUGUGAAUGCUUUAUGUCUUAGUUAUUUGGGUAUUACAUACAUAAGGUGUGCUAAACUCCUGUGACUCACAACCUGACAAAAAUACUGUUAUGCCACCUAACGUGAGUUCAUUCAGUUGAUUUUACUUUUUUUUUUAGGUAUUUUGCUGGUGUUGAUGUAAAAUGGCAUCCCACAAAUAAACAGUAUUUGUGUUGGUUUCAGCAACUGA